AUGUCUCCGUCUGCCAUGUUUGCGCGCACCGCUCUGCGGCCGCUGUCCGGCGCGUCCGCUUCGGCCUCGUCUUCCUUCUUCCUCGCCUCUUCCGUCACCCGUCACAUGGCGACGGCUCGUCCGGUCGCGGCAGCAGCAGCGCGCACAACGGCUGCCGGCGCCAAGACAGCCCUGCCCAAGUUCUCGACGGCUUCGUUCAUGGCAGCAGCGUUCCGCCGGGCGUCCAACCGCAGCGGCAGCCACGGCGGCCGUCGCUAUCAGAGCAGCACAGCCGGCGCCGAUGCCGGAGCCCAUAGCAACCCCAGCAUCUUCAAGCGGCUGUGGGACAGCCCGGUUGGCGUGAAGACGGUGCAUUUCUGGGCCCCCGUGCUCAAGUGGGUUCUCGUCCUCGCCGGCAUCUCCGAUCUUGCACGUCCGGCCGAGAAGCUGUCGGUGACGCAGAACAUCGCCCUGACGGCCACCGGCGUCAUCUGGACGCGCUGGUGCCUGAUUAUCAAGCCAAAGAACUACAUGCUCGCGGCCGUCAACUUCUUCCUCGGCAUCGUCGGCAUCAUCCAGUGCACACGCAUCUUUAUGCACAGCCAGCAGGUCAAGAAGGCAGAAGAGGCCGAGACUCCCGCAGCCGUGGAGCAGUAG